AUGUUACGACGUGUAGCAACUCGAACGGCAUCUCAUGUCAACCAUCUAAAUAGGCUCUCAUCUGCUGUAGCAUGCCAAUCGACGCGUACAUUUGCUCAUGCAACCACAUCAACCAAGGCUGCUGCAUCGGCCCAUCUGAUAAACGAUUCUCCUUCCCAUUCCAUAUCCUUCAAGUAUCCAAAACAUGCUGACUCGGUCUUCUCUCCUACCGAUACCUUUCCUCGUCGCCAUUUGGGUCCUUCUGAAUCAGAUGUCGCAAACAUGUUGUCCACCGUUGGUGUAAAGGACUUGGAGGAAUUGACGGCUCUGACCGUCCCUGCUGCAAUCCGUAUACAGAAUCCUACUCGUUUGGGACCUGCUCUGCCGGAAACUACGCUGUUGAGUCAGCUAAAGGCAAUCGCUGUCAAGAAUAAGGUGCUCAAGUCUUAUAUCGGUAUGGGAUAUACAAACACGACUGUUCCUCCCAUUAUAUUGAGGAAUAUCAUGGAAAAUCCACAGUGGUAUACUCAGGCAAGUUACACUCCAUACCAACCUGAAAUAUCUCAAGGUCGUCUGGAAUCCCUAAUCAACUAUCAAACCAUGGUCGCUGACAUGACUGGUCUUCCAAUUGCUAACGCGUCCUUGCUGGAUGAGGGCACCGCAGCUGCUGAAGCAAUGUUGAUGAGCUUUACGCAAUCACACCGUAAAAAACAUAUAUUCUUUGUUGACGCAAACUGUCAUCCUCAAACUAUUGCUUGUGUACAAACACGUGCUGAACCAUUUGGUAUCGAGGUCGUAGUAGGCUCGUUUACUGACUUUGAUGUAUCAAAGUAUGCUGAUACGCUUAUGGGUGUGCUUGUCCAAUAUCCAGCUACAGACGGCAGUAUAGUAGACUAUGAAGGAUUCGUCAAAGAGAUUCACAAUGUCGGAGGUCUAGUCACCGUCGCAUCAGACCUGUUGGCCCUAGCCCUACUAAAACCACCAGGAGAAUGGGGUGCUGAUAUGGUUUUAGGCAAUGCUCAACGAUUCGGUGUACCUCUAGGAUAUGGUGGUCCUCACGCUGCAUUCUUUGCUGUGAAAGAUGAGCACAAGCGAAAAAUGCCUGGUCGUCUUAUUGGUGUCUCAAAAGAUGUAGAUGGUAAACCAGCUUAUAGAUUGUCUCUACAAACUCGUGAACAGCAUAUUCGUCGUGAAAAGGCUACCAGUAAUAUUUGCACUGCCCAAGCCUUGUUGGCUAAUAUGUCGGCUAUGUACGCUGUUUAUCAUGGUCCUGAGGGCAUUCGAGAGAUUGCUCAACGUGUACGAAACCUGACAGUCAUACUCGCCGAAGGCAUCAAGGAACUGGGACACACCAUUAAAAACGAAGUCUACUUUGAUACCAUAACAAUCAAAUUAAAUGGUGCCACCGCUGAAGAAGUACUCGAAACUGGUGUCGAAGCUGGUAUAAAUCUUCGACACGUAGACACGGACCAUGUUGCCCUAACCUUGGAUGAAACCGUCACCAAGGAAGACCUCAUUGACAUACUAGACGUAUUUGCAUCCGCACCAUUCACCCAUCGCUUCAAAUUCGGAUAUAGAGCCAACUACCAUGCUGAUACUCCAGAUAUCGACGCCAUCGCAAGUAAAACAGGAUUGACGGCUUAUGAUGCCGUUGCAACACUACCUGCUAAGUUUGCUCGAACUAGUGCAUACCUCCAACAUCCAGUAUUUAAUUGCUACCAUUCCGAAACUGAAAUGUUGAGGUAUAUUUCACAUUUGCAGUCCAAGGAUUUGUCAUUGGCUAAUGCUAUGAUUCCAUUGGGAUCAUGUACAAUGAAGUUGAAUGCUACUACUGAAAUGAUUCCAGUUACUUGGCCAGAGUUUAGUAACAUACAUCCAUUUGUACCUGCUGAUCAAGCUGUUGGGUACAAGAUUCUUCUCGAUGAAUUGGACUAUGCUCUACAGGAAGCCACUGGAUUUGAUGCCAUAUCUUUACAACCUAAUAGUGGUGCCCAAGGAGAAUACGCUGGUCUACGAGCAAUUCGUGGCUACUUGCGUGCCAAGGGAGAAACCAACCGUGACAUAUGUCUUAUCCCCGUCUCAGCUCACGGAACCAACCCAGCUUCAGCCGUCAUGUGUGGCAUGAAGGUCGUCACCGUCAAAUGUGAUGAAUUGGGUAACUUGGAUCUCACAGAUCUAGAAGAAAAGGCCACCAAGCAUGGUAAAAACCUCGCUGCCAUCAUGGUUACCUAUCCAUCAACAUAUGGUGUCUUUGAAGAACACAUUAAAGAAGUUUGUGAAAUCAUUCACUCACAUGGUGGACAAGUGUAUAUGGAUGGAGCUAAUUUGAAUGCUCAGAUGGGCUUGUGUAAGCCUGGUGAAAUUGGUGCUGAUGUAUGUCAUUUAAAUUUGCACAAGACUUUCUGUAUUCCUCAUGGUGGUGGAGGACCUGGUAUGGGUCCUAUUGGAGUUAAGAAACAUCUAUCUCCAUUCUUGCCUGGACAUCCAAUUGUCAAGAUGGGAGCUGUGUCUGAAAACAUGGGUCCUGUAUCAGCUGCACCAUGGGGUUCAGCUAGUAUUCUUCCUAUAUCGUGGGCUUACCUCAAGAUGAUGGGUGACGAAGGUCUAAAACAAGCCACACAAAUGGCUUUAUUGAAUGCCAACUAUAUGGCUCGUCGAUUGGAUGGUCCAUACAAGAUUCUAUAUACCAACAAGAAUGGCAUGUGUGCCCAUGAAUUCAUUGUUGAUAUUCGACCAUUUGAAGCAUCUACUGGAAUUGCUGCUAUUGAUAUUGCCAAGCGAUUACAUGACUAUGGCUUCCAUUCCCCAACAAUGUCCUUCCCCGUCGCAGGCACCCUAAUGAUUGAACCAACAGAAUCUGAAUCCAAGAUAGAACUAGACCGAUUCUGUGAUGCCAUGCUACACAUCCGCCAAGAAAUCGCUGAUAUUGAAUCUGGUAAACAGCCCAAAGGAAACAAUGUGUUGACGAAUGCCCCACAUCCCAUCCAUGUCGUGUUGAGUGAUAAAUGGGAUCGACCGUAUAGUCGAGAGACCGCAGCAUACCCGAUGGCUGAUCUGAGGAAGAGGAAGUUCUGGCCUAGUACAUCCAGAGUUGAUGAUGCGUAUGGUGAUCGGAACUUGAUUUGUUCGUGUCCUCCGCUUGAAGACUACGAGUAA